AAGCACUAUGAACACACACACACACACACACACACACACACACACACACACACACAUACACACAUGCAUGGGCAUUACAAUUAAAGUAGUUAACAUGUAGACUAACAUCUAUAAUUUUUUUACUUACUUUGCCUUCAGUUAACCCAGUGUUAUCCCAAUGAACACCAAUGAUGUUCAAAGAUACUUCAAUGACACCCCAAUGAAUUUUAUCGAUAUCCAAAAGAUUCUUCGGCCACUAGCUGACCCUAAAUCUGUACAGCAAUCAAUGCGUCUUCCGUCAUUAAUGUUUUUUAAGUCAUAAAAGAUAUUUGUUUUUAUCUCACCCAACUUUUUUUCAGUGUAACUAAUAUCUGUAGUAUGAAACUAGUGCAUUUCUUUGAUUUCCAGGUUUUAAAUGGAUCGAAAGGAAAAACGAAAGCAAUAUCAGAGAAGUUGGAUAGCUAGAAAAAGAUUUGCAAAAAAAAUUGCAACAUGUUCAACAAAAGACCGUAGCAGUGACAGUAACGAUUCUGUUGAUUUAUGUGCAGAUAUAAUUCACUCUUCAGAAAAUGCGAAGGACUUGUCUGUGGAAGAUGUAGCACCACAUAGUACAGAAAGUAGUGAGGAUGGUGAUGAAACAUGGUGUUUGAUUGAAGAAAAUCCUUUUUAUUCAUCUGAUUCAUUGUCAUCAGAUGAAGGAAGAAAUAUUUCAAGUGACCUAAUAUCUUGGAUAAAUAAACACCAAAUAAAACACAAUGCUGCUGAUGAUUUGCUAAAGCUAUUAAGAUCAAAUGGCCAUAAUUCUCUACCCUUAUCUGCUCGCACCUUAUUGAAAACUGAAAGAAAUGUGAAGAUUGAAGACAAAUCUGGAAUGAGCUACAUUUAUUUGGGACUCAAAGAAUCAUUACUAAAAAAUUUUGAAAAAUAUCCUCGACAAACAAAACAAAAUACACAAAAUCUGGAAGUGUCCCUCAAUAUUGAUGGCCUUCCACUAUUUAAAAGCUCAAACACAUGCAUGUGGCCAGUGCUGUGUGCUAUCAUGAUUCAGCCAGUAACUGUCUUUCCUGUCGCUUUAACGUGUGGAUCGUCAAAGCCAUGCAAUUUAGAUUUCUUGAAUGACACGAUCAGAGAGCUGAAUGACAUACUGCAGCAUGGCAUUCAGUAUGAGGAGUUUAAAAUACAUGUAACACUGAAAAGCAUCGUUUGUGAUGCCCCUGCAAGAGCAAUGGUUAAAGCCACUAAACAAUAUUCAGGUUACUAUGGAUGCGAUAAGUGUACACAAAAAGGAGUUUGGUAUGGAAGGCUUACCUAUCAGGAAAUUGAUAAUAUUGUCUUGCGCACUAAUGAGUCAUUUAGAGACCAGAUUCAAGAAGAGCACCAUUGUGGGGUUUCCCCUUUUACAGCUCUUCCUGUGGAUCUAAUAAAAUCAUUUCCAAUAGAUUACAUGCAUCAAGCCUGCCUUGGUGUGAUGAGGCGCUUACUCCUGAUAUGGAUAAAAGGAAAAAAAGAAACUAGGAUUACGCAGAGGCAUGUUGAAGAAAUCAACAAGAAACUCUUAGAAAUGCAACAGUUUGUCCCCAGCAACUUUGCACGAAAACCUAGAAGCCUUCUGGAAAUUGACAGAUGGAAGGCAACCGAAUUCAGACAGUUUUUGUUGUAUACUGGCAAACUUGUUCUUAAAGGCAGCCUAAGAGGUGACCUUUAUGCUCAUUUUAUGACUCUUUCUGUUGCUCUGUGCAUUCUUGUGUCACCAAGACUUAUUCAGAUGCAUAAGGGCUAUGCUCACCAACUACUGGUGUAUUUUGUUAAACGAGGUCGGGAACUCUAUGGCAAUGAGUUCUUAGUGUACAAUGUCCAUAGCAUGCUUCACCUUGCAGAAGAUGCUGGUUGGUUUGGAAGCUUGGAUGUCUGUGCAGCAUUUCCAUUUGAGAACUAUCUGUAUAAACUGAAGAAAAUGGUUAGAUCAGGAAAAAAUGCUUUAUCACAAGUUGUAAAAAGAAUUCAUGAACUGGAGAAUGACCCAGGUGAAAUGAAACCUGCAAAGUUUAAGAAAAUCAUCUGCACUAACAAACCUGACAAUACAUAUAUUUUGGAUGAUUCAUCUUGUUGUGAAGCAGUGGCCUUAUCACACCAAAGAGAUGAUGAAGGAAACCAGAAAAUACUGUGCAGAGUGUACAACAGAACAGAAUCAGCAUUUAAUGACCCAUGUGAUUCCAAGAUUAUUGGAGUUUAUCAGAUAAAUACAGCAAAAAGUUAUAUGAAAUUUAUUAAAAAAAGCGACCUAAAAACAAAGGCAAUUAUGGUACAUAGUAGAAGUGGAAGACACACAAAAAUCCUAGCAAUACUGCAUGAAUUCUGAAAACUAUCAGGUGAGGAAACUUUUAAGUAGAAAAGUUUGAAUGUUAAAUGGUUACAGUGUAGAAUUUGCUGCCUGUGAUCAUGGAAAUGUAUCAUUAAUUUUAAAUAUAUUUUAACAGAUGUCAUUUGUAGUUGUGGAGUUUCUGGAUGAAAAGGCAGUUGAAGUUGUUCCCAAGUCAUGGAUAAUGCAUAAAGAAAAAGGUCUGUUUUGUUACUGGCCUCCAAGGGCAGGUGCUGCAGCCAAGGUGAAAAAGGAAGAAAUCCCAGAUAAAGAAAAAUGGAAUUCAUCCGAGAUAAGGAUAUUUUC